AUGGCUGAAGGAAACGUAGCCCAGCCGCAAGAACCAAGCCUACCUCUCCCUCCCCCACCAGCCUCUCAGCCCGGAUUCUGUUCUGCAACGUGCACUGAUAAGAAAUCCGCCAAGGAAGAAAUCGCUAAGCCAAAUGUAAAGACUUCUGACCUGUUUACCACCUGCAAUCUUCCAAAAAGAUUUGAACAUCCUCAUUGGUUCAAUGGCUAUGGAUGUCAAGUAAGCAAGCAACAUCCAUUUUAUAGAACCAGUUCUAAUGAAUAUGGGUGGUAUCCCCCAGGAUACUAUUCAGUGCCAUCUGUGUUCUUCCCCGCGGGACAGACGUUCACGAACAAGCUUUCGGCAGCGGGAAUGUAUCGCAACUACAGCUUAAACACCGGCAUGGACCAAGUUGGCUACCAAUAG